CGCAGUGCUCCUAAGGCAACCUCGUCCCGAGGCAUACGCGAAACAUUGAUUCGCGAUAGGCCGGCCGCUAAUGCGACUGCAUCACCCUCUGCCAACCUUUCUGGAGGGCGCAGUCGUGAGGCAGCCGUGCCUCCACCUCCCGUCAAUUUCGUCCAGGGUGACACCCUGACGCAAACUGCAGUCCCCCCACCAUCCGGACUUGCCGACCCGCUCUUCCACCCCGUAGCUCGAUUGACGAAAGAGUCGGCGCCUGGCUCCCGCUACCAAUUGGGUAGGCUCCGGGAGCCCUCCCUUUUGGAAAGCAUACGUCUGUAUCUGGCGUAUCUGCACGAUAAGCAUUGCGGACAAGACAAGCGCCAGCAUAAGGUUGCGACUCGCAACCGAAGGGCUCCCCGCGCGAAGGGAAGAACUGUUGAACUUAUACAGACAGUUCUACCUUUCGUACGGCCUUUCGGAGGCAGACGCCGACUCGGACCUCAACGCGCUGCGUAA